AUGGCCACCCUGAGCUACCGAGCCGACCACCAGGAGCGCGGCUCUCGGGGACAGCAGUGGGCCAAGCCCCAGGUCGUGCCACCCCACCCCAACGGCUCGGGGGAGCACCUGAUAGAGGAGCCCACCCCCGGCGAGGAGGCGCUGCAGCGAGCCGUGCAGCAGCUGCAGGCGGACAACGCGGAGCUGCAGGCGGAGGUCCACCACCUGGCAGCCACGCUGCGCGCCGCGCUGGCCUCCACCCCCGACUCGGGCCAGUCUGGCACGCUUGACGCAGACGAGCUGCAGCAGCAGCAGGCCGCGGCGCAGCGCUUCCUGGAGCAGCAGUGCCAGGGCGCCGACCACCUGAUGCUCGACCUGGAGCAGCACGACCACUCCCACCUGUGCCUGCACCCAGACGGCGCCGCCUGGCAGAGCGGCGCCUACGACGGCGCCUCCAGCGCCAGCCUGCUGUCCUCCCUGGACGGCGGCCCCGCGGCGGCCCCGGUCUACCACCAGCCCCCCAGCGUGUCCCAGGCCACGCUCAGCUGCUCCAUGCAGCACCCGGGCUCCAUCUGCUGCAGCAAGCUGAGCAGCACGCUGGACCCCGGCGGCGCCGCGUGCACCAUCAGCCUGCACACCACCGCCAGGUGCACCGCCGACGGCACCACGGUGCGCCGCCACCUGGCGCCAGAGGAGCUGCGUGCGUUGGCGGCGCAUGCGCUGGUGGGAGCCGCACACUCCUUCUCCCAGGCCUCCACAGCAGACUACCGCGCCAAGCUGGGGCUGCUGCAGGUGGUGGCUGCCCGGCACGCCGACCUGGUCCGCGUGCUGGAGCAGGGCGUGGUGAUCUGCGCUGAGCACACGCAGCCCUCGCAGUUUGACCACAAGAGCUACCUGCUCACGCUGCAAGACCCGCACACCGCGCAGCGCGUGCACGCCAUCUACAAGCCGCGCGUGUAUGGCGACGCGGGCGGCUGGCACCGCACGCCCAUGGAGUGGGUGGCCUACCGCCUCAACCUGCUGCUGGGCCUGGACCUGGUGCCGCCGGUGGCCUACAGGACCGCGCCGCUGACGCUCAACCUGGGGGGCGAGGAGGAGGAGCUGGUGUUCCAGGAGGGGGCCAUGAUGCUGUGGGUGGAGCACUGCAAGGAGCUGCGGGAGUACCCGCAGCGCGAGUGGGGCGUGGACCCCGCGGUGCUGCUGUCCGACACGCGCGUGCUGGACGUGCUGCUGCACAACUCGGACCGCCACCACGGACACUUCCUGCUGGGGCCGCACUGGGCGCAGGGGCGGGAGCGGGGCGGGCACUGGGAGGGCGUGCCGCGGCCGCUGCUCAUCGACCAUGCCGCUUCCUUCAGGAAGGAGGCUGUGGUGAGCAUGGAGCACGAGAACGCCUUCUCCACCGGCGCCGUGCGCUGCGUCUCCGCCUCCACCUACCUCCGCCUCCGCUUCCUCGACUCCCACACUGUCUCCGAGGAGCUGGGCCACCACCUGUCGCGCGCCGAGCAGCGCGCCCUGCUGCACCGCCGCGACUACGUGCUGCACUACUUUGACGACCUGGUGGCCAGCCAGGGCUACGCCGCCACGGUGCGAGAGUGA